GCAAAACACCGUUUACAGCCCCCGUGUCUUUUUUCAAUACUUUUCCUAACUGCGAACUUUCCCCUUCUUCCUCGUCGGCGUUUACCACAACGGCGUGUACCUGCUUCUGGAGACCUAGGCUGCAGCUCGGAUCAGACGGGAAGGCGCAUCACAGGAAGGCUGGUUUGAGCAGAAUCUGGCCUAGUGCAGGAACCUCUGGUGCCCUGAAGUAGCAAUGGCAACUCUAGCUUCCAUGGCUGAUGACUUGUACGAGGCCAUCAACAAUGGAGAUGUUGACACGGUUAUGGAUCUGUUGAAAAAAGGUGCCAAUGUGAAUGUGCUUCCUUCAUGCGGGAGAACGGUGCUUGGACGUGCUGCACAGCUGGGUCACCUGGCCAUUGUGUGCCUGCUCCUGGAUGCGGAAAAGUUCUACACAACGCCCGAGGAGGAAGAUGUGGACACAGAAAGCAUGUUCUCCCGCCUGACCUCCACUGCCAACCCAACUGCCACGCAGACUUCCGCCACAAGCUCCGCCUGCCCCCCCUUGUCCGCAGCCUCCCUGGUCACGACCUCAUCUUCUAUGUGGGCUGCCCUUCCCGUCUCUGCCGCGGCCACUGUGGCCUCGUCUUCGAACAUCCGUCCUUCCAUGGGGUCUACGCUCAAGAGCCCUCAACCACACAAGUGCUGUUCUCCCAGCAUAGACUCCGAGACUUGCACCUGUAGCGAUGAGCUAUGGGGUUUAGAUUUAAGUGACACCAAUCAACACAGCGACUGGGAGCCUGGGCGCUGUGGUCAGGACCUCCCCAACAAUAACAACGAGGACAACUCUGAAAUUGAGGUGGAGGGGGAGUUCAGCGCCCCCGUGUGCCCCCACCCUCCCACUCAGUACACUCCCAGUAAUAUUGGCUACUAUGUGUAUGAGUACAGAGAGGAGGAUGAGGAUACAGGUGACUCAUCAGGUCCAGUUCUGUCUUCCACUGAGGACUCAGACUCUGCUUUGAUUGCUGAGAAGCGCCACCACCACCACCCUCACCGGCACUCAGCCUCUAUUCUCCUGCAACGCACGCUUGGCAGAGGAAGAGCCAACAUUGUGUCCUCUGACUCAGAAUUCGAGACCGAGCACCGCCGGAGGAGAAGACAUGCACGUCACAAUCACAGGCCUCAUCGCCACGACAGAGAUCAUGGACGUCACAAAACCCUAGUACACUCCCACCACUCAAGCCCAUGGCUCGCACAGCUGCACUCAGAGUAUCUCUCCCUGGGACUAAGUUCUCCCUGGUCCCUGAGGCGUAACUGUGACAUCAACCAGCAGGACGCCUAUGGCCGCUCUGCGCUGCACUAUGCCACAGAGCAGGGCCACACCUACAUUGUGCACAUGCUUAUCAAGUCAGGAGUUCACGUUGACACCCCUGAUGCAGAACACAUGACUGCCUUGCAUUUGGCUGCACAGCGUGGACUAGCAGAAGUUGUCAAUCUGUUGCUGGAGGGAGGUGCUAGGGUCAAUAACAAAAUGAAUGAUAAGAGUUCCCCCUUACACAUCGCUGCCUCUCGAGGCUACACGGACAUUGUGGAAACCUUGCUGGACCGAGGAGCAAAAAUUGACUCCCUGGACAGUUCUGAUCGCACACCACUCAUCCUGGCCGUCUCAAGGUCUCAUUUCAAGGUUGUACAACUCCUGCUCAACAGAGGGGCCAAGGUCAACAUAGAAGAAAUUCAUGGGUACACACCCUUGUGCGAGGCUGUCUGGCACAAAGACCUCAAGCUUGUGCAAAUGCUACUUACUGCGGGGGCAAAGGUUACCCAGUCACACUACCUUCUUCAUUAUGCUGUACUUCACAGGCACUAUCAGCUCGCAGAAUUACUCCUAGGUGCAAGGUGCAUUGUGAAUCUGAGAGAUGACAAUGGAGAUACUCCGCUUAUCAUAGCUGCACGGACAUGUCAGCCUUCCGUUAUGAAGCUCUUGUUGAAACAUGGUGCUAAUGCCAACUACCCCAAUGGCUUAACGGGCACAACACCACUCCAUGAAGCCAUCGCAACACCUGAUUCCCUAUUCAGUGAUUUCUGGGUGAUGUUUUCCCUUCUACGCUCGCAUGGUGCCAAGCUUGACAUAGAGACCGUGACAGCAGGAGACACACCUCUAUACCGGGCUUUGCUCAUGGAGAAGAAUAAGGUUGCUGCUCUCCUCAUCAGACAGGGAUGCAAUGUAAACCACCACACCCCAGCAGCAACCCCAGACUACCUGCACAUGACAGCUCUGAGAGGUCAUGCUCCUCUGGCAACACUGCUGAUACUGGCAGGAUUCAAGCUGUGGCAAGCACAGUGGCUGAUGGAAAGCACCACACCUGGAUCACUCCAGUCGCGACUCGCUGUUGUGAGGUCUCAGCCUCUGACCCUUGCUGACCUCUGCCGAAUUUACAUCCGCCAGCGGCUGGGGGACCGGAUCCAGGUUACACUUGAGGCGUCUCCCCUUCCGCCAAGAGUCAUAAGGUUUCUGAUGCUGGAGGAUGUGGCUGAAGUUGACCUGUGAUGAAUUUAGAAUUUAGAUAAUCUAUGC